UCAUUAGUUGUUGUGGUCGAGAGAAGCGUUGAAUAUAGUGAUUGGCAGGUGUAUCACAUUAUCAAGAAGCGUGUAUUGGAGCUGUAUAAAAAUGAGGCUACUUCGCAGCAUCCAAACCUCAACGUUCAACGGAUUCUGCUUGGAAACGGAAGCACGGACACGGACACGGACGUGAGCCAAGCGGCUAUUAGGAGCAUCAAGCGGAGAAAUUAAAGAAGUUAAGGUUCCAGCGGAAAUGCUGAAUCUCGCACGGCACCGAAGGGGCUAGACUAGACAAAUCGUACGCGUUGAAAAAAGCUUGCCAGGUGACGGAGGGUCGAAAGACGGCAGGUUAGAACGCUACACCUUGGUUCCGUAGAUAUCGUGGACGUCCCUGAAAUAACACAAGACGCCGAAGGUGGCGACCCUGUAGGUGGCAGUCGCGCUGGGUUCCUGUUACACGAUGCGAAUCCGGCACUGGCGCCCCAGUCAUGCCAACCGAUGGUGGGGGAACAGUUACGUUUCACGUGACACGCUGGCGCCUUGGUGGUAGGGAUCGAUCCGCGAUCACGUGACCGUUGGCGCCGAGAUGGUGGGGACGCACCUACCACCCCUUCGGGAAGAACGAACUGGAGAAGAGCGAACCACGGCAGGAAGACCGGCGGCAUUCUGACCUGGUAAGUCGCCAGUGUCGGAUCGUGAGAAAGUGAACAAGACUAAAGCAUCGGAGGACAUUUAAAUCGACGACCGUGUUAAGCGACACUCGUUUUUAAAAGCGAAACGGUUUCGCCGCGAACUGGUCUACUACGCGGACGCAAUUGACGGAAUACGAGCUACGCCAAACCAAAUUACGCUUAUUUAUUACAAUUCCUACGUCCUACGAACCUUCGACCGAUCAUUUUUAUUCGUUCUCUACUAGUGUGUGUUGACGCGCUAUAUCGUAACGCGUUCGGUUCUUUCUUGCUCUUUUAUCCUCGAUCAAGAGAGAGAGAGAGAGAGAGAGAGAGAGACAGUUUCGACGAAACCGAGGAUACGCGAAGAAAAACAGAAAGAGUCAAACACAGAAGAAAAGAAAAAAGCAAAAAAAAAAAAAAGUACUAUACAAGAUCGAGAGACCGCGGUAGCUACUUUGGACAGCGAGAAUAGGAGAGACGAAAGUAAAGUGUGUUGUGCAUGGAACGCAAGGGAUAACAAAAUCGGUAGGCCAGCUUUUUUUUCCACAACUUCGUCGAACCCCGACAGAUUCUCGCCGUUGUAUAUAUUGUUUUCGCGUAAACGGCCUUUAGGUGAGUGAUAUUCGAAGUCAUCGCCCGAAACCAAGGUCCUGUUACGUGUAUAUAUACACGCGUACGCACACGUUCGACACGCGUGUAUUCCUCUGUUAGUUUUAUUUUGUGAAGUGUUGAGCAGUGUCCUGGGCGAGGUAAGCGUCUUGCCGUGCGAAUUCGUGCCAACUUCUCUAGCCGUGGCCGUAUCUUUACGAUCGAUUUGUGCAUGCUCUGUCUGGUCGCGCCGGUGAAAAACGGUUUGGCAACGUGGCACGUGAAUAAAGUGACACCGCGACGACGACGACGACGGCGACGGCGUCGGCGACGGCGCUGAGAAGAGACGGAAAAUACGAACGAGAGGGGAAAAAUACGUCUGAUCUUAUACAGCGAGGAUUCGUUUCGCGUCGUCAACGACCACCAGAAUCUUGACACGUACGUGUACACACAUCGUGGAAUAAUAUCUUCGAUCGCAAGCAACAACAGCAGCAGCAGCAGCAGCAGCAGCGGCAGCAGUCAUCGCAUACACAGCCGAGAAAAAGAAGAGAAGGAGGUGGUGGAGGAGGAGGAGGAGGAGGAGGAGGAGGAGGAGAGAGGUUGUGCCGCCGCCGCCGCCACCGUUUCUCUCUGUCGUGUGUGUGCGUGUUUCGAGAGGUUAGAAACGCCACGGGAUCAUGGAUCUGCUUUGCUGCGAGAACACCGCGGUCGAGCGCAGAGCUUACGCCGAUCCUGCCGUACUUGGCGACGACCGUGUGUUGCAGAAUCUUCUGAAAACCGAGGAAAGAUACGCACCCAGCAGUUCUUACUUCGAGUGCGUGCAGAGGGACAUCUCGCCGCUCAUGCGCAAGAUCGUCGCCGAGUGGAUGUUGGAGGUAUGCGAGGAGCAGAAGUGCCAGGACGAGGUCUUUCCCCUGUCGAUGAACUACGUCGACAGGUUCCUCUCGAUCUGCCCGAUCAGGAAGUCGCAGCUGCAGCUACUAGGAACUGCCUGUUUGCUUCUCGCCUCGAAAUUGCGAGAACCAUCGCCGCUGACGGCGGAGGCGCUUGUUUUCUACACAGACAACUCCGUCACCCUGGAUGACCUAUGGAGGUGGGAGCAGUUGGUCGUCUCGAAGCUGAAAUGGGAAUUGUCCGCCGUAACACCCGGUGACUUCCUGAUGCACAUCCUGAGCAGACUGCCGGUGCCACGUACCUGGGACCCGGUGAUGGUCAGGAGGCACGCGCAGACCUUCAUCGCCCUCAGCGCCAGAGAAUACAAAUUCUCCAUGUAUACGCCGAGCAUGAUCGCGGCGGCGAGCGUCGCAGCGGCCCUCCACGGACUCGAUUGGACAGGGAAAAGCGGUUACGGGCUGGCCGGCCUCCUCGACGAGCUAACUCGCAUCACGGCUAUCGAACAGGAUUACCUGCAAGGUUGCCUGGAGCAGAUCGAAGAGAUGGUAUCUGAAGCAGUGGGUGCCGACGGUACCGGUGGGAACGGCCAUCAGGUGACCGGAUCAUCACUUUCGGGCACGUCGCAGAGGCCUCUGGGGGACGAGAUAACCAGCCAGGAGAAGAUCCUGGAACACGAGAAGGCGGGCACGCCGACCGAUGUGAGGGACGUCCAUUUUUGAGAGACGCCGCUGAGGGAAACUCUGGCCAGGGUGACUCUCUGCUGAGCCUAGAGGCCGAGGAGCAAGCGAUGCCCAGCAGCGACGACGACGACAACGACAACGAUGCUGAGGAACCCACGGCCACGAAGAGAAUCAAGAGGCAAAGUUCGAGCUAAAGAACGCGCGAGAAAAUUCUUGAAACGAAAACAGUAUACAACGCACAGGCACGUGCGAAGGAAACAUGGAUACAUAAAAUACGUUGUGCUUGCUCGAGCGAAUCGUCGUUUGGUUUCCCUUCGUCACCACUGUGAACAGAAUCGUCUUUAAAAAAAGAGAGACAGAUCUCGAAACGUGUUCGAUAUUUUAGUGUUCUGUACGGACUUUGUAGAUUCGUCGCGAAGAUUCGUAAACCCAAACGGGACAUCGAGGGACUAGGGACAUUUUUUCUUUUUUUCUUUUUUAAAGAGCCACUUCCCUUCAAACGCAUGUUCGAUUAUUCGCUGAUCGUUGAGCUACUUGCGAGCGAAGGAGCAUUAUUUUUCGUGGGCACGACUGGUGUAGAGAGCCACGUGAUCGAUGGAAAAACACGAAACAUAAGAGUUUUAGUCGAUCUAUCUAGAUAAAGCUAUCGGAUAUUCGUUAUAGUUUUUACUCGGAGAUCGAGCAACGAUCAAUACCGAGGCGUUGUCCCAAAACGAAUCGUAAUUCCGCGUGCACAAUUUAUAUAUAUAUAUAUAAGAUAUAUAUAUGUAUGUAUGUGUGCGUGCACGCGCGUGUGUGUAUGUAUGUGUGUAUACAUAUAUGCGUAUGUAUAUGCAGAGGGCCGGAUAGCGAGCGCGAGGGUCCAAGGUCUCGAUGGGCCCCCUUUGUUAUUUAGUUGUACGCGUUUUUAUUCGCGAAUAUUCGUGUGCAUCCGAUCGUUCAAGGCAUCGGGAUCGGUUUUGUUCUCAAUUCAUUGACAGAGACUGCGUGUCGUCUCGUAUCAUGAUCUAGAGUUUUCUGAAACUUUUUUCUUUUAUUAUUAUAAUACUUUUUUAUUUUACCUUUUCUUUUGGGAUGGAACGCCCUCUAUUUGGCGUUGCAGCAGGGAAAAUAGAUCGAUCGAAGAUGCGGAACUUAAAAAAGUCUGAAUUGUUUUUCAUACUUCCGUUCGAGACAGUGAUUCGAUAAUUUAGCCCCUUGAAAGUUAGAUUUCUUUUUACAGAAAGAUGUUGGUCGGCGCAAGGAAACGAUGCAACAAAGACUAAAUAGUUUGACGAGGAAUGUAAGUCGAAUGUGAAACAUUUGAGCGUUGUUUAUUUAAGUAUCGAACGUUAUACACAAUAGAAAGAAUCGCGAGACACGAGCGUGUACUCCAUUCUCGCUUCAUUGUCUCUCCAUCCCCCCCUCUCCGCCCGAAACAUUCACGUAAUCAUCAUGCAAUGUUCUUUCUGCAUACGAUAUUAAAACGUUCGCGAACUUUCACGAUAAUGUCAGCUUUCGAUCGGAUUCGCUUCGCGUUAAUUCGAAGCUGGAAAAGAAGAAAAGAAACUGAUCUGCGAAAGGUUAAUAACAGAUCGACGAAUAUCGGAGAGAAAAAGGAACGAAAGUAAACCGCGUAUAAUUUAAAACUCAACGGUUAAAUCUUGUUAAAAGAAGAAAGAGGGACACUGAGAUUACUCGAACGUAAGAAAUAAAACGAAUAAAAAGAUAUGAAUGAAACAUGUGAUUCUAGUAGCAUCUUCGAGAGAGACCGAAAAGUAGCAAGAGAUACGAAACGUUUCAACGAUAAUUUCGAUGAUGGUCGAAGGAGAACAGAGUAGAAUUAGAAGAGAAGAGACCGGAUGGCGUGCCGUUGAGGGAAGGCUAUGCAAUACGCUUCGUGCAUCUAUUUCGCAAUAGAAUUGUACACUUAACUUUUAGUAGCCGGACGACGAAGCUACCGCGCCAAUUUCGUGUAUCGUUUAGAAAAUUAGAGAAAACCGUUAAAGAGAAAACAGUGAAACGCGGACCGAUUCUUUUCUAUAAGGCUAGAAAGCAGAGAAGAGAAAAGAAAAGCAAAAGAGGGGAGAGAAGAAAUACAGAAAACAAGGAAUAAAAAGUUCAUAUAGUCAAAUUCAGUCAUGUAGUGUUUUGUACAUAGGUAUACAUACGAGAGAAGUUAUAUAUAUAUAUAUAUGUACACAUUAUAUAUACACGAGGUGUGUGCUUGCGCGCGAGUGAAGAGAGAUAGUAUGAUACGAGAAAAAGGAGGAGUACGAGGAAAAAGAAAAUGUUGAUGGCGCGUGCGAGUUUAUUACAGCGGGAUGUCGAAUGGAAUAGGGAAGCGUUUUAGAGUAGUAGAUAGAAAAAGGAAAAUAUAGUUCCCCUUUGUUUUUUUGUAUUUACGUUUACAAUAAUUGUUAAUACAAAUGUGUUUUCCUGCCGGGAGUUGCAGCACGACCAGUCGCUUAUUCCACUCGGUUCCUAAGACAGGUUGUGCCACGCCCGAUGUGCAUUUGUAAACGCUCGAUGAUGCGCGGUGUGUGGAUGUGUGGGUUAUACGUGCGUGUACAUGCGUGUGUGUCGAAUUUUUCGUAAGCAAAAAAGAAAAGAAAAAAAAAGGAAAAAAAAAAUGGGGAAGAAAAGCUUCAGCGGCGUAGCCAGAGGGUUUCGAAAUUCCAAAAAAGAUUUAUAAGUAACUUUUUACCGUCGAAUCUGCUUGUAUAUGCAUUUCAGAUUACAUCAGAGUUUUUAACUCUUUUUGAUAUAUUAAUAUGUAAAUACAUAUUAUUAUGCAUAUCAUAAAGCUGAUUUACGAUCGCCUCUUGUAGCAUGUAUCGUAUAACUAUCAAGCGCGAUGCUAUUCGAUCUAUUAAAGAAAACAUCGCAGAAAUGACAUAAUAGCGAAUUAGUAUGGAAUUUCUACUGUCUGUGCACCAGACAGGCUAAAAUAAUUUCUACGAAAUAGCUGAUCCUUGAGUUUCUUUUUUUUUUGUUUUUUUUUUUAAAGAACUUGAUAAAAGGAUGACUUUGAUAGUUGAACCGAGUCGAUCUAACUUUGCAUGCUCGAAACCAGCACUCUGCAUUUGGUGGCUAUUCUUCUCCCAAAACCGCGAUUGUAAAUAUGUAGGAAAGCUAUACGAGGCGUACUAUUAAAAGUUAACACAGUAGUCCGUGUAAGAUAGAGUGUCGAAUAACGUGGCGGUGCGAUAGAAUCGAGAAACGAAAGAGAAAUUGGACGAGGAGUUUAGAUAAGAGUAGAAUCGGACGUUUAAACGUUGUCUAAUAAUCGAACUAUUUUGGUGCUGUGAUUUUUAUUCUGUGGGUUUGCUAGAAGUGCAUGGAACCGCUGAAUACGAGAUUUUAUAGAAACUUCAUUUAUAUAUUAUGGCGAAUGUCUUUUUCGUGUUCGUUCGAGAAACAGGCAUUUGGAAGAAAGAUUCAAAGUACAAAAUCGGAAGAUGUAACACGUCUCAAUUACUAAUUAGAACAAGGUAGUCUAAAUAAGAAUUUGAAUACUCGAAAACAAUGAAAUUUGAUAUCCGUGUAUUUUAUAAAGUCAUCGAUUGUUAUUCGAAAUGCGUAAAAUUCUUAAAAUUAGAACGAUUAAAGGGAAAUUUUCGAAUUUAGGUCUUUGUACAUAAAUCACCCCUUUCCAAAUUUGUAACUCCAAACCAAAAAAAAAAACAAAAAAAAAAAAAAACAAAAAGGAACAAAAGAAAGAAAAAGAAAUACCAAAAAGAAAGAUUCUCAUCGCACAGAUCCACAGCACCAGAAGUGUUGAACCUCAACUACUAUCGUUCAUCCAACGUAUUUAACGUUAUUAUACGCAUAAACUCC